UGCCUUAUGUAUGUGUGUGUGAGAUUAUAUGAAUGUGCCAUUUGUUUUUCAGGAUCGAUAUCUUAGUUCAACUACAGGAGCAUAAAAUACAUAAAUAAAAUGUUUUCAAAGUUAUGUUGAUAAUAUUUUCUUGCAACUGCUUUAACAACAUAUUCACUGCCUUUAGUAAUAAUAAAUAAAUUUGUUAUGCAAUUAAAAAAAAAUAUAAAAGUAUCGACAACUAAAUUAUAUGCGCACUUCACUAGACACGUAACAUUUUUAACCGUCGUUCCAUUUUAAAAUCUUUCGAGUGCUUUGUUUCGGUUGCAAAAUGUGAAAUUUAUUAAUAUUGUCUUAAUUAACAUCAAGAAUGACGGAAAAAUUGAAGGAUUAUCAGGUUUUAGACGUAUUAUGUGGUGGUACGUUCUAUAAAGUGAAGCACAAGGUCACCGGCAACAUAUUUGCGUGGAAAGCAUACAAUUGUUCCGCGUACUCGGACGAACAAAUACAAAAUAUUUUUAUUGAAGUUAAAAUAAUAAAAAAAGUGAUAUCGGAGAGCUUGCUGCGCUACUACAACGCCAUACUUCACGGGCCUUCCAAGACGUUAUACUUCGUCCUUGAGUACACCUCUUGGCGCAGUGUACAGGAAUUGAUUCAGCUUUGCGAGUCAACCAACAAACACAUCGUCGAGAGCUUUAUUUGGCGACUAUUGUUCGAGCUCGGCCGUAUUUAUAAACAAAUCGAGAACUUGCAGUUUACUGUGUUGCAAAAAUGUAUCACGACAGAAUCUAUCUUUGUGAGCGAAAGUGGAGAACUUCGGGUAAACUGCUUUGGUUUGGAUACUGGAGUGAAGGAGGACGUGAUGCGGCAGGUCGGAGUCGUGUUGUAUUCGCUAUGUUACCGCCCUGGCUCUACUGAACACCAAAUCAAGGAGUUUCACUAUAGUGAUGACCUGAGAGACGUUGUCAGCCUCUUGACGGAUGAUAGGAGUGUGAAUUUGCGACCAGAUGUUGUCCUGUACCAUCCCACAGUAUUAGCCAACAUAGAUACACUAUCUGGUCCUAUGGUUUUGAAUGAUAUUCUUGAACCUGCCGACUAUACACAUAUUUCUUCAGAUUCUAACAAAUGUGACUCUCAGAAGGCAGUAGAUCUCUGUAGACCUGUGAAGCCACUCCCAAGGAAACAUUUGAAGAUUAUAGACAGUCCUAUUUACUCCAAUAUCAUUCCCAGAAAGAAGCAUGAACAAGAACUUGAGGCAACAAAAUCAGAUCGUGGGUCUUUGUCUCCAACACUGAAAGCAUUAGCAUUGGAGUUGCCUGGCUUUGUCCCACGCAGUAGGAGACCAUAUUCUAGUGUUCUAGACAAAUACAACUGUCCACAACAGGUCUCAGAAGAAACUCUGAGCCAACAAUGGAUGUCCCGACUGGUAGCACUGAGGCAUAGAGAGGAAUCACUGAACAAAAGGGAGAGAGAGUUGAUUGCUAAAGAAAUAGUGAACAGUCCAGCUGCAAAAGUAGUUCCAAAUGAUGACUCUAGAGUUGCGUGCGAAGGAGAGAGCAAUGGUAUUACACUGCCACCGCUCAUGACUCAGAUGUGUGUUGAGAGAAAUAUGUUUAGUUCGCGGCGUCGCCAGCGGCGGUUGAGUUCGUCGCGCUCCCGGCCGCGCCGCAAGAGCUACGCAUACGAGGAACUCGACAGCUCGUUGUCGGCCGACCCUGGUGAUGGGAGCUUUAUCAUUACCGCCACAAGAUUCACCAAGGAGAAUAUGCCGCGGCGCAACAUUUUUCCUGAAGUGUCGACAAAGAAAGUUCAUUUCACAUCUGCCAAUCCCUUUACUGAGAGUGAUGAGAGUGUUACUUUGACUUUUUAUGACUUGGAGAAUAUGAACAGUGAAGGUUAUCAAGUACCACGGCAGCAAGAGGGGUGCAAAGAUAUUACAAAGUUUAAGUACUUGGAUCCAGAGAAGUUGAUGACUGAAAAGAGAGCUGCUGUGAACUGGACACAUUCAUCACCCUCUAAACAGGCUAAAAUGACAAAGAACAUCUUCAGUGACAUGACCAAUAUGAGUCAGAGUAGUAUUAGGAAGACUCCAUCUAAAUCGAGUCUCGUAUCUAAGAGUUCAAACACAUCAAGGUGUUCAGUGCUGUCAUCGAAGAGCCAAUGGAGCAUGGACUCGAGUUGUGGCAAGGUGAGUGAUUGUAUUGCUGAUAGGACCCGCUCCAACACGCGUCAGUCUCUCACUCAGACACCUACCGUACCUCUAGAUGUAAAAAAAUCUAAAAGUAGGAAGUCUCUGUUGCCUUUUAAAACUCCAUUUAAAUUUAAAACUUCUACAAAGGUGUAAGUAAUACUCGCUUCUCUAUUAUUGUGGAUAAUUAAUUUUAACUACAGGCAUGAAAUAGUUAUAAUACUCAAAUAGAGGCAUCUUAAAGAGUUUGUAGUUAUUAAUUGGUAUUGUAGAGUAGUGCUAAUUAAUAAUUUGAAACCUUUAUUAAUAAGUGAUCAAAUUGUCUCCUUCCUUUAAUUUUUUUUUUAUUUAAGAAUAUUUUAAGAAUUUUCAUAUGUCUUUGGAGUCAUCCUUAUAAGAUUAUUAUCAAAAAAGAUGUAAAGACUCCAUUUUGAUCUUUAUAGAGUAUUCAACUAUAUAGAGAUGCUAUUAUUUUAUACAUUGUCAAUUAAUUUGGUUGUGGUUUUCCAUUAAUUAGAAAAGCAUAGUUUAGUUUCUAUAAGUGCUUAAUGUUUCAUUUUUUUUUUUAUUGUAAUUAGUGAUUUGAUCUGGAACCAGAUUCAUAUUUGUAGUGAUCUUGUGUGAUUUGUAUAUACAUGAUACGGACAUCUACCCACCCUAACCUUAGCAUAGAGAAAUUAUAUAUUCUUUGAAAAUAUGACAUUCCUGUGUGCUGUUGUAAAGGCAGUUAAUUUUGAAUAAAGAAUGAAGUGUUGCACGUUAUGAAUUGAUAUAACAGAAUGCCCCCUGCUCCGCCUCAUAAAAUAAAACAUAAAAAUAUUUUCUUCAAUUUAAAGAUUACACUAUUUACUCCUACAUGAAUAAAUUAUAUGAUAUUUGAAUUAUCGUCAUCUGAAUAAAUUUAGUAUCAAAUAUAAAACAGCCAGAUGAUACCAAUUGCUUGGUUUUCAUCUCCGUCCCUAUGCUAGUACCCUGGUUAUUAUUACUUCCCAAAUUGAGUAUCGACUGAACAUGCAGUGUGCAAUACCUUCGUAGUUAUGGGCAGGAGGCAACACUGUCCAUACUACUGCAUACAUCUUACCUUGUUGCCUUUUACAGUGUGCUGCAUAUAAGAAAACAUGCUAUACAACUACACUUGAACUACUUGUACAACAGCAUACUUGUAUAGAUUUAUUAUAAUAUAUUAUGUGUAGUAAACAAAUUAUGUUUGUAUAUAUUUCUAUCAUUGAAUUUUAUUGAAUUGUAUUUGCUUGUAACUAGAAAGAGAAUAAUUUUUAUUUUAUAAUUAAGUGGAGUUUGCAACAACUAAACAGUGUUUAAUUCAUGUAAAUUUUAUUUUUAAUCUUAUGUAAUUUUUUUUUUAUCACAUUGAGUAUGGUUGCUGUGUGGUAUCACUGUCUACUUCACCAUUUGCGAUAUUAACUUAGGUUAUUAUAAAUAUAUGAGUUUAGUUAUAGAUCAGAAACAGUAUAAUAUUAAGUAUUGUGAUCAUUUUUAGUCAUUUUGUCUUCCAUUUUGUAUUUUAAAAUUAUGACAAAAAUAGACACAUUAUUUUAACUACAUGUAUGGGUAUCAUAAAGGUCGAUGCAGACUCACAGAGCUCUGGCAAGGAGCAGUGUCGGACGCAAGGACUAUUGUGGACUCGCCAUUCGGUACGUUGCUGUCAUUAGAUGACAAUUUCAACCAUACGGUCAAGUAAUAAAAGUUAUAUUUAGAUGGUAACGAAUUAAUGUUAUCACUGCGACUCCGUCAGUUUGCGUCGAUCCUAAAUGCAACAACAAGCGUAAUUUUUUUUGUCCUAUAACAACAAUAUCAUCGGCAGUGAACUAAUUAUUUUUAAUUAAAUGUUUUAUAAUUAUGUCUUUUGAAUUUAAAUGAAUUACCUUUAUGAAAUUAUUAUUGUCAAUAAUAGGCUAGAAUAUAGAAUAUAGAUACAGAGAAUCUCCAAUUGUUGCCAUGUAUUUUUUUAUUUAUAAAAUA